AUGGCUGGUAUCAGAAAUCAUUUCACUAUUGAAAUGGCUCUAGUUGGGAUUCUCAUAUUGGUUAUCCUUGAUUUCACAGUGGCUCAGACAGGAGUUUGUUAUGGAAGGCUCGGAAACGGAUUGCCACCUCCUUCAGAAGUCAUCGCGCUAUAUAAUCAGAAUAACAUCAAAAGAAUGCGAAUCUACGACCCAUACCAGCCUACUCUUGAGGCUCUUAGAGGCACCAACAUUGAGCUCAUGCUCGGCGUUCCAAACACUGACCUUCAAAAUCUUGCUGCUAGCCAAGAUAAUGCAAAUACUUGGAUACAAAACAAUGUAAGAAAUUAUCCUAAUGUCAGAUUUAGAUACAUUGCAGUUGGAAAUGAAGUGAGACCAUCAAAACCGGACACAUCUCAGUAUGUACCAUUUGUCCUUGCUUCCAUGAGAAAUGUUCAAAAUGCAAUUUCCGCGGCUGGACUGGGGAACCAGAUCAAGGUUUCCACUUCUAUUGAUUUCGGAGUACUCAGAACUUCUUAUCCUCCAUCAGAAGGUGUAAUUAAUUCUGAAGAUCAAUCUUAUCUUGGUGAGAUCAUUCAGUUCUUGGUGAGCAACAGAGCGCCUUUACUUGUCAACAUAUAUCCGUAUAUUUCACGCAUCCGUAGUCCACAAGAUAUUAGCCUCGAAUAUGCUCUUUUUACGUCAUCUGGAAUUGUAACUCCUGAUGGAACACGGUAUCAGAAUCUUUUCUACGCCAUGGUGGAUGCCAUGUAUGCAGCACUUGAAAAGGCUGGUGGCUCGUCUCUGGAAAUUGUUGUAUUGGAAAGUGGUUGGCCCUCGGAGGGAGGACAAGACACAUCUAUUGAUAAUGCAAGGACCUAUAAUAUUAAUUUAGUGCAACGCGUAAGGGAAGGGACCCCCAAAACGCCUGGAAGAGCUAUAGAAACUUACAUUUUUGCUAUGUUUGACGAAGAUCAGAAGUGCCCUGAAUAUGAGAAAUUUUUCGGGCUCUUCCUUCCAAACAAGCAACCUAAGUACCCAAUCAGCUUUAACUAG